GGAGGCCAUCAUCCCCAACCAAACAAAUGAGACACUUGUAUGUUUACCCUGGGGGAAAAAACUUUCAAAGGGAUCAGAGGAAGUGCAAGGAACUCUUUGAAGUUUGGUGUUUGAAGCACAAGCCAAACUAAUGUGAUAUUGACACAAAAAUCCUUACUCAUUCAUCCAUUUGUUUUGAUUCCUGCCAUCAGAAGGUUUUCAGGGUGGCUGUCAGAAAAAUAACAACAUAUAAUUUACUCUAGGGCUGUUUCUACACCCACUGGCAUAUAGCAUUGCUUUGUGGGUAGCAUAUCCCCAUCCCUUGUUUUUGUUCUGUGGUCACUUUAAUGGCAAUGACUUCUUCCUCUCUUUCUCUCUCUUUCUCAUCCAUGGCUUACAUUUUUGUUUGCUGCUACUACUGCCUUAGCUGUCCAAGCUCUCCUCCUGGUGGCUAGCACUUAGGUGUGCCCUGCAGUAAAGUACAAAGAUCAGGGCUGCCACCCCUUGCUCUUGCCCCCAGAUGGCCCUGAUGGUUAGGCCCCAGUUGUACUGUGUUUUGCUUUAUUGAGUCAAGAUGUGAAGAGUCAAGAUGUGAAGUAGCAUGUUUAUUUGAUACCUUUCUAAAAAUAGGCAACUUUUAAAAAAAUGAUGAGAUUUGCGUGUGCUUGUGAAAUGCAGAAAAUGCAUUAGGCAGAGCAUUUCUAAAAAGAAAUGGGACUUGGUGGUUUGUAUAGAAAAGCUACAGUCCGCAGGUCGUUCAUAAGCAGAUGUCUGAAAAGUAUGUUUUUAUCUUUGUAACUUCCACAAAAGAAGGCAUUUCAGUAUUUGUUCCGGAGGUCUGUUCGUAACCUGAAACUGUUCUUAACCUGAAGCACCACUUUAGCUAAUGGGGCCUUCUGCUGCCGUGCUGCUACACAAUUUCUGUUCUCAUCCUGAAGCAAAGUUCUUAACCCGAGGUAAUAUUUCUGAGUUAGCGGAGUCUGUAACCUGAAGCGUAUGUAACCUGAGAUACCACUGUACAAAGAAGCAUGUGGUAUAAUAUCAAGGCAUGUGCUGACUCAGUUCAAUGAGCCAAUGAGAACAUGUGGGAUCUAAAGCACCUUUCAAAGAGUAAGUUCCUAAGGGUAGAAUUUCACUCCCAGUUGUUCCAUUCGUGAAAGCAUUGCAGCUUCCCACCACUGUUCUGCCCCCUUCGCACUGUUCUGGGGGCUCUCCUGACCAACACCAGAGACAAUUCUAUUGUCUAAAGAGAGACGAGGGGGUAAAGCCCUCUUGCACAAGUGGAAGUCCUUGCAUUCAGGUUCUGCUGAAUGUUCAUGAAUGUUCAUGUUCUGCUGACAUGGCUAGUUAGGUAAAUCCUGCUCCAAAUGUUUAAUAAAACACCCCUCAAAAACUAAAUCAACGUUGAAUAGCCUUUGUCUAAAUUUUGUCUCCAUUUUGCUACACGUUCAUGGCACAAAAUUCUUGGUCCUGGACCAGUUUUAUGGGGCUCUUUAAAAAGGUUGAUACAGAUCAAAAUUAUCUCUUUUUUAUUUUAAGGAUUAUAAAUUUCUGAAAGGCUAUUAAACUUUUAUUUCCAUUCACCUGUUCCUUUACGGGGGGGGGGGGGGGGGGCGUGCAAAACAGUAGGAAGUCUUGACAAUAGCACCAUCUGGUGUUCUGAGAGAAACACAGCAAGAUGUUUCCAAUUCAAAAGAACAGACUUCAAAGAUAAAAAGAAUAGCAGAGAACAAAAUGGGACAGAUGCCAUGCUCUUGAAUUUCUCAUUGAGAGGCUACUGAUUGCUAUGAGAGUCACAUGCUCAUUUAAAAGCUUGUUAUGGUAAAAUGCCUUCUCCAUGUUGAAGGAUAAGAAUGGCUAAUCUAACAAGGUCAUAUAAACAAAUCCUAUGUGUAUGUGUUUUCACGGGAAAAUAUAUUUGUGUUGGCCCCUAAAUGCCAUUUGGUAUCAUGUAUCAUGUUCCUUUUGUGCUAUAUUAAUUCAAUUUUAAUUACUCUACUUUAAUCACUUUAAUCACUCUACUUCAUAUAAAUACGGUUAUCUCUGGGGCAAUUUAUUCUAGUCACUAUGUCAGUUUGCCAUAUCAGCAUUUAUAGUAAUGUUGCUAUCAUGUGAGAGACAGAGAAAGUGAAAUCAUAUCUUUUACUGUAAAUUACUAUGUUACAAAAAUCUGAGUGCACACCUUCUUUAUGCACAGGGGUUCAGACACAAAACAAAAAUAAAAUACACAUUCUGUAUCAAGGCCAACAUACCCAGUUGCUUGUGUUUUUCAAUGAAACAAGUGAAAACAAUUACCUUGCUCCAGCAUGAAUAAUCCAGCACAGCCUUUCAUUAGUUGCACAUACAGACAUAUGUUUGGGUGCAAAUGAACUAGUAUGAUCCAGUUCAUGAGUUGCUCUGCUCCUCUAAGGGUGGGAAGAACCUCACAAAGAUGCUGUAGACAAUUCUUAUAGGAAUUAGGUUCUUCCCACUGAUAUCCCCUUACACCCACUUGUGUGAACAUUUUGAUUUAGCCAGAACACCGAGUGCAACCCUACCCUCAAAAUUACAGCACAGAAUCAGAGAAUUGUAGUGUUGGAAGGGACCAUGAGGAUCAUCUAAUCCAACUCCUGCCAUGCAGGAAUCUUUCUUUCUUUCUUUUGCCCAACGUGGGGCUUGAACUCACAACCCUGAGAUUAAGAGCCUCAUGCUCUGUGUUUCGGACACGAAUGGACAACAGUCAUGUGUCUGUUUAUGCUAGGAUUUUGCUUAGUUAUGCACUGCAAGUUUUUGAAAAGGGCCUAGAACACUACUGGGUCCUGCUGUCACUUCAAGGUAAAUUUUGUGGAGCACAAAUUCUGACAUAAAUGUUCUGCUUGAGCAGAGCAGAGGCCUUUCUAGUUCAGCAUCCUGUUUUCCAAGGUGGUCCAUAUGACAGGGACGGCUGUAGGCAGGAUUCCUGAAUUUGUAGCGGGUUGGACUAGAUGACCCUCGAGAUGCCUUCCAACUCUACAAUUCUGUGAUUCUAUGCCUCCAGGAAGCACACAAACACAGAGGGCAAAAGCCAUCUCUUGCUGCUGCUGUCGUUCCCCAGCAACUGGUCUUGUUUCAGCAUUACAGGAUCAAUGGCUCUGGCAGGGGCAGCCUACUGAUUAAUUCAAAGCUGUCACUGGCUGGCAACCACCUGACUUACAAUCACAACUUCGGAAAACGUUUUUCUCUAGGACUCUGUAGUCUGGGGAAGAGUGGGGUACAGAGGGGAAGUAUUUGUUAUGUGUGUGUUAUAUCUUCGUGCUAUUUUUGAAAAUCAAUGAAAACAACUUUUUUAAAACUGUCACUGGCUGCAGUGCACAAACCCUAUACUUUGGUGCAGCUCUUUUGCAUGUGCAAUCACCAAAUAAGUGAUUUGAAGACUGGCCUGCGAAACCCACAUGACACAUACGCAGCCUUCCCAGGCAAGCUGUCCUUUAGUCUACACUCCGCAGCCUUAACAUUCAAAUCUUUGACCCAGUCCUGGUCGCAAGCGGUUCCAAGGACAUUAGAAACCCAUUCAUUACCCGGCACGGUGACGGGGUGGCUAGAAGACAAAUGCGGGCAGGGGGAAGUAGUGUGGUUUCACCUGCUGAAUUUCUGCCUGUCAGGGGUACCGAAAAGGCAACCCGUGCGAAAGGCGAAGCAUCGACUGCUAGGCAGGCCUGUCAUCAAGCUAGCCCUCGCUUUCCCCGCAGCCACCUUAAACGCAAGGGCUGCUGGGAGAAGAAAGCGCGAGGAAAGGCGUCCGACAGGCCUGCUAGGCCGCGCGCGCUCCCCGCCAUGGACGCGGUCCUAGCCGACACGCUGCUCUCGCAAUGCCCGGACUGGGGCGCGCUGCUGCGGGCCGUGUGCGGCGGUGGCGCCGAAGGCGGGCCGCUCUCCGUCGAGCAAGCGGAGACGCUGCGCUUCCUUCUCGAGCGGGUGGCGGCGGCGGGCGGGCGGAGCGACGAGCGGGACGCGGCGGCUCGGCGCGUGGCCUGGGAGGCGGCGCUGGGCCGCUGCCUGCCGGUGCUGCUCGGCGGCGCCUCCUCGCCGGGGGAGUCCCCGGAGGAGCGGCUGCGCCUGGCCAGAGCCGCGUGCGGGGCGCUGCGCUGCUGCGCCUCGCUUGGCGGAGCCCCUUUGGCGGAGCAGCUGGCGCGGGAGUCGCUGGAGGCCCUGGAAGGCAGCGCUGGGAGCGGGCGGUUGCAGGUGGAAGCGGCCGUCGAGGUCCUGGCCGCCGUGGCCCCUUGGCUGGAGGAGCCGGCGCUGCUCGGGCGAGCCGUGGCGGCGGCCCUGAAGCUGCUGAGGGGAGAUGGAGAGGACGACGAGGAGGAGAAAGCCUUGCCGGCGGCCGGGAGGCUGCUGCCGGCGCUGGGGCGGAAUAGCGCCGCAUUGGGGCUCGUGUGGGAAGGGCUGAUGGUGCCGCCGCCGCCCAAGGGUGCCCCGCAGCGGGUGAGCCGGACCCUGCUGGUCUUGAGCGCCCUCUCGGACGCGCUGUUUCCCUCGAGCGCGCAGGUGGAGGCGGCUGCUCAGCUACUCGACGCCAGGCAGUGCAGCAGUUUCUGGGAAGUGGUGCAAAAGGGGCUGACGGAGAGCAAUGCCCUGUGCAGGAAAAGAGCCCGUUAUUUGCUGAAGCGAGCAGUGGAUGUCUCUGAUAAACUACGCCUGGAGUGCAGGUGCAACCGGCACAGUGGAAAUGGUACAGCCCUGGUGAUGUAGCAUCCUUGCUUAACUUGCUUCCACAAAUGCCAUGCCACACACACACACACACACACACCAACCAAUCUCCUUUCUCUCGGCCACUUCAGCAUGUGGUAGGUUGUGGAGAUAAGCCUUGCCUUGGUCGGCUGUGUGACCCGUGGCAGGCUGGACAUGUGUAUUAUUCACCACGUAUGAUAUCCAACCUACGGCUUGGCUCCACAGAGCUUUCUAAAUAUGGGUUAGCGCUGACUUUGAAUUUUACAUACGGUAGAGAAUAACCGUGACCAGCAAGCCAUAGGCUGCAAGUGAAAGACAGGCCUUUUCUCCAUGACUCCCACACUCUGAAAUGAAUUACAUUACCAGUUAUCUUGUCUGCAUCUGUACAAGAUUACAAUCAGUGCUUAACAUUUGUGUGCAUUAGCUGGGAUGUAAUAAAAGACCAGGUCUCCUUCAAGCGUUUGUCAAAGAGAGAACGUGGGCACAUGUACACAUGUCUUGCCACAAUGCUGUAUCUUGUAAAAAUGCCCCUUGUAGGCACAAGAAGUGCCAUCUUCACUUGUGCUUUAGUUUUAAGUAGCCCCAGAUUGUUGUGUCAUACUUAAAAGCUGCAGCCCCCAAACUUCUUGAAUGGCACAUUGGUGAGAUGCUCUGAGUAGCGUUAAAUUUAAGAGACUGGUAGAAAGUGAGCAAGUCUCUUUGGUUCUGCUGUAGCGAAAGCAGGAGUUUGUCUAUCAUAGCAAAUGUGGAUAGCAAAACCACAGUGGUGUGCCUCUAAAGGUGUCUAUAAACUUAUUUAGAUGAGCAAACAAAAUGAGAGGACCUUCCCUAUGGAAUUAUAGUGUUCUAGAGCCACACAGGAAGCUAGCUGCCUUUUUCUGAAUCAUACCAUCAGUCCAUCUAGUUCAGUACAGUCAUACCUUGAGAUAAAUACGCUUCAGGAUAAGUAUUUUCGGGUUGCACUCUGCGGUGACCCAGAAGUAAUGGAGUGCGUUACUUCCGGGUUUCACCGCAUGCGCAGAUGGUCAAAAUGACGUCACGUGCAUGCACGGAAGCGGCAAAACACGACCCACGCACGCACAGACGCGCAGUUGCAUCUUACAUUCUGUUCAGAAUGCGAACAGGGCUCCGGAACGGAUCCUGUUCGCAUCCCAAGUUACCACUGUAUUGUCUACAAGCAGGGGUCAGUAAACUUUUUCAGCAGGGGCUGGUCCACUGUCCCUCAGACCUUGUGAGAGGCCGGACUAUAUUUUGGAAAAAAAUAAUGAACGAAUUCCUAUGCCCCACAAAUAACCCAGAGAUGCAUUUAAAUAAAAGCACACAUUCUACUCAUGUAAAAACGUGCUGAUUUCCUGGACCAUCCAUGGGCCGGAUUUAGAAGGUGAUUGGGCCGGAUCUGGCCCCCGGACCUUAGUUUGCCUACCCAUGGUCUACAGUGACUGGCAGCAGCUCAGGUUUUCAGCCAAGGGUCUCCCCCAGCCCUACCUGGAAAUACAAAGGAAUGAACACUCAGAUCUUGUGCAUGCAAAGCAGACACGCUAUGACUGAGCUACAGUUCUAUCCCCAACCACCAUUUCUUGUCAGUGGGCUAUUCUUGCAAAUACUGCUUAGGGAGAUAACAACCUUUUAAAAAUGUUUUGACUGUGAAGGAGGAUGGGCGAAACAGUAACCAAAGUGAAGGCCGUUGCUUAAUUGUUCAUGCAAUACCUCAUUAAGCAUGAAUUUACCUUUUCACUGAGAAUGGAAGAGAAAUGCUAAUGAAAGCAAAACCCAAGGUUAGAAAUAAACAUUAAUGAUAGAAGAAAGACACUUAAAAAUCUGGUGGCACAAUCCUAUCACAGUCUUUCCUGGUAACUUAAUGUUGUUCCACGCCUCAGAUAUACUUAUGGGGAGGAGCCUUUUUUCAAAACAAAAACCCAUCGGAUGUGGUGUGCUUGUGAUAUACAUGAGUGGCCAGUUUGAUGACAGGUGGUGGAGCUGCUGGAUGGUAAGAUGUGAGUUGCAAUAGUAUCACAUCUGCAUUGCACUCCCUGUUAUAUUAUGCCUGACACAGUGAUAGUGCGCCAAGAUAGGAGGAGGCUUCCAUGGAAAUGGGUUGCAUUCCCCUCUGCAUGGGAAGGAAAGGGUCAUGCUCUUGACCUACAUUAAUACUUUUUGCUGUCCAUUUAAAGUUUUGUCCACUAAUACUGAACGAUUGCAGCCUGUGCUUUCAGUGCAUACUGUUCUCAUGGAAAGAGAUAUCUUUAUUGACACUUAUAGGCUUGGUAUAAUAGCCUUUUCAUGCUAAUGACAUUAAACUGGAUGUAGUAUCAUUCAUAUGUUCCCUUUGAUUAGAGGGAAGAGAAGAAAUGCCUCUAAUUUGCUUGUAUCGUAUUGCAGAACCAUGUCUGUUCUGGUGGUGUGCCGAAAAAAAUGAUCAACUUAUUCAGUUUUGGGAAAAUUACAUCUUAAUUAUGGAGACUUUGGAAGGAAAUCAGGUAAAUAUGUAACGUUUUUACAAAGUGCUGCUGAGAGUCGCUGUUCUUCAUUGUUGCUAUGAAUACGCAAAAUACCAGAGGGUUGUUCUAUACAGUGAACAAACGCUGAAUGCUGAAGUCAGGAAGUGUAAAGACUAUUUUUUUUCUUAAACAAAAAUCUUCCAUGCAUUUUGAAUGUAUCAAUUUCCCUUUCCACGUUUAUGGGGAAACGAGUUAAAAAAUGAAAACGACAUCUCAGUCUUAAGUUAAACUCUUCCAAGUUCCACUGAAGUAGAUCACAGCAUCACAAUUAUGUAUAGAUUUGUUGUUCACAAGGGGCUGAAUCUUGGUUAAACAGAGACACUGUGUUAUAAUUUCUGUUAUUGUAAAGUCACUGUGUUAUGUAAUUUCAUGCCAGAGGUCAAUAUCUAGCUCUUAACUGUAGUUAUGAUACUUUUCAGUUACAGAGUAAAUCAAAUUAAUGUAAUAAUGUCUGUUUUUCAAUUUUAGAUACAUGUUAUAAAGCCAGUAUUGCCAAAGUUAAAUAGUUUAUAUGAACAUGCAGUAUCAGAGCAAAAUGGUAAGGCUAUUUUUUUUAAAGAAAAGUGCCAAUAACUUUGACAGGAAUCAAAGGAUUGGUUUAUAUGUUGCAAAAAUUCAUGGCACUUGAUUGCUCAACAGCCUAAAUAAUGCCUUUUUCAUGUCAAAGGCUGUAACAUUGAUAAUUUCUAAAUGGACGCAGUUUAAAGGCCAGUUCAUACAAUAUCAGUUUAGAAAUUCAGUACAGAACAAUGGGAAAUCAGAACUGUACCCCACAUUGAACAUUCAACAUAAUGUGUGAAGCCUGAGAGUAGUCUUUCUGCAAUUCCUUCCCAUAAAAACCAAGUUGGAGGAAAAAACCCACAGUGGAGGGAGGGUUGCAAGCUAAUAUUUUCUUACUUACAUAUUCAUGGGAUGAGAGGUGUGUGAGAUGCCCUGCCACAUUUACAUAAUGUAGAAAAAAAAAUGGCAGUUAAUUGCAUGAAUUAUCCCUCAUUUGUAUAGGGCAUAUUAGGACAAAAGUCAAUAUGAAAGGUGAGAGACAUGGAGAUAACAGGGGCCUUCCCAGCCAGAUUCAGGUGGAUGUGCUACACAAUGAAAUGACAGUUUCUUAAAACUCUUUUUUAAAUGUGAUUAGAUGUAAAUAUAUUGUGAAAACCUAUAAAGGUACAUAUGAAUAAUAUGCGUCCCUCCCUCCUUACUUCCUGGAUACAGAUAAAAUAUAUGUCGAGAUUACUGUCAUUGUGUACCCUUGUAAAAAUUCUGUUUUUUGCAACAGAUAGUUGGGUGUUUCACCCAUCGUGGCAUAUGUGCAUUUACAAAAGAAUGUUUGAGAGUGAAAACAAAACAUUGACAAAGGAAGGUGUAAUUCACUUUCUUGACAUCUGGCAAACGAAACAUAUCCCUAUGUCACCAGGAUUUUCAGAGGUAACGUUUUCUUCCCUUUCCCCUCCUAAGAUUUCCUGUUUUGUACCUCCUGAAGUUUGCUCCUUUGUCUAUAUUAUCCUGGGGGGUAGGGGGAAUGUUAAAAGUUUGCUGCUCUUGAAGGGAACACAAGGAAAACAUAAUUCUCUUCGUAAGCAUACCAGCUUGUCCACCAGUGUCUAGGGUACACACUGCCUGGUUUGCUCUGAUUAUAAGGGCAGAGAAAAACAAUUGUGCCCAUUACCUUAGUAAGGUUCAUCUCAUUUUUGAUUUGCGGGAAAAGUGGUAGUGAGUAGGAUCCUUCUAGCCACAGCAUUUUUGGUGAUUAAUUGUAAUGGUAACAGAUCUGCACUUUCAAUUUUAUUUUUACGGGAAUAGCCUCAUUACAUAAUACAGUUCAGGAAGUACUUUUGUUUCUCUUACUUCCUGCUGUCAUGUAUAUAAAUCUUUUGGGGUAUUUUUUUCUUUAGCAUGUUUAUAAGGCUGAUUCAUAAUUUCUUUACCCAUUUUGUAUAUUGAAUGUGUUGUAAAGCCAGAUCCACAGUUUUUCUGUAGCAGAAAUAAAUUUUAGUUUCAUACUGACUUUUCUACUAAUACAGGUCUGAUUAAACAUCCACACAUGUUUUGCAGGACAAAUACCAUUUUUGUCUGUGUUACAGCUUUUAAUACAAGCAUGCUUUCUUUCUUUCUUUAGUUUAUUAUUGGCCCUUUAAUGGAUGCUCUUUCGGAAAGUUCUCUCUAUAGCAGGUAAUAAAUUAUUCAUUGACAACUUGUUGAAUUUCUAUAGAUACUAAAACAGAUUUUUAAAUGCCACUUACAUAGGGCUGAAUAUUUGCAGGUAUUUAUGGAUUUUCCUCCAUUGAGGACAGGGAUUGAAAAAAUCCCACCAGGUUUCAUUGCCAUAGAAUUAUGUAAAUAUAUGGUGCACCUACAUUUACAGUACUGCAGGCAGUUCUAAGUGUCCUAUCCCACAAAAGAUGAGAGAGAACUGGAGCAAGUACAGAAAACAUUACUCUCAGAUUUCUAGAUUUUUAGUGUUAAAUGAUGACGAUUAUAAUUAUUAAAAAAACUUCCUAGGUGUGUUAGGAGGAUGUUCUUUUGUUGGGAUGGAAACUUUUCUAAGUAGAGCAAUUCUAAGUUCUGGAGUAGAAGUGGGAAUCUGGGGCAGAAUCACUUCCACAUCCAGAGGCUCGAUGUGACCAGGGCUUCAGCAUUUUUCUGCCUUUUUAUUUCUGUAUUCCUUACCCUUAAAUUGUCCCACCCACUGAAACCAAUGGGAGGGGAAAUUAACUACACCAAGUUCAGACUAGUGUAGUUAUGGGGUCUAAUCUGCAGGGGGUACAGGGGACACAUUCCCAACCUAUUCCAUUUUGGCCCUUGCUAUGAGAGUAGCAGCUGGUGCUGCUCAUACACUUACACAGCUUUCUGUGGAUGUACUGGGAGGUUUCUGGGAUGGAUGUACCUUCCUUUGACAGGGGUUAGAAUUGCUCUGUUAAUCAGUGGUUUACUAGCUCAGAAUAUUUUUGCUCGUUGAGAGAGGCUAGCUUGGUUACGACAUAUUGGUCUGAUAUUAAAGGUGGCCUGUAAGUUAUUUUAUAAAAUAACCUGUAAGUUAUUUUAUACUUCAGUGUAACAAAUAUCUGCAUAGAGUUUCUAGUAGUAUGUAAACUGUAUUUGUUUAAUUGAUAAAGUUGGCAGUUUUGUCUUUGAAUUUCUUCUACCAUAUUUCUGUUUUUAAUUUAACAGGUUAUCAGGUCAGAUUAUCGGAACCUGUCCUCCUUUAGGAACGAAAUUGCAAAUGUUCUUGGCUACCUUUUUCACAAGCCUCCCCGAGAAAGAAAAAAGUAUGUUUAUUUAAAAUAUUAUGAUUUGGAAUUGCAUAGAAGUCACCUGUCCGCUUCAUUCAUGCCAAGUGGCCAAAGGAGGGAGGUGGUUGGCAUAUAAAGCCAUCUCACUUAGACUUCCACCCCACUUAUGCCAUGAGUCUAGCACAGUUGAAUGCAAAAAGUGCCCAGCCUUCAUUCUCAUAGCUUUGUUUACAUGCAUUCCCCUUGAGUAUGGGUGGAAAGACUGGAGAAGCUGGCAACUACUGUGCAAGGGCACAGAACUACCUCUGUUCUUGGAUUGCUGCCUUCCUUCCAUUCUUCCUAACUUGACUGGAGAUAGGAGGUCCUGAGGGGACCUUUACUUUUUUCUCAUUUAUUAUAUUGUCAUCCCAUUGUCCAAAAUAUAGGGUGCCGUGUGUCUCUUCCCAGGACUCAUCUUGAGCUCCUAACAAGCCCAUGAGAAACAUUAGGCUGAGAGAGACUGAUUGGCUCAAGGUCACCCAAUGAGCUUUAUAGCUCCGCUAGGAUCCUUGAUCCUAGUCAUACACUCUAAGCACUGCCCUACAUUGACUUUCCUUUAGUUAUGCUUUCCAUGGUGGUUGGGGUCAGAAUCUGAGGGAGAUGGUGAAAGCGUUUACACUCAGGAAUCAUUCACAGUGCAUAGUAGGUUUGUGGUGUUCUUCUGCCCAUUUAAGUCAGCAUGUGUACAGUGUCAUAAUGCUGCUCUGUCCUGCACCUGCUGUGUGUCGUACAGACAGCAACAGUUUUGUGUGAGGGUUGCAUUCCUGGCCCCUGUGCAUGUUGGGGGAGCCUGUCCUGCCCCGUCUCACUCUGUCCCCAUUCCGCCCUUCUUCUGGGUCCAAAAGGACCUUCAUGUUGGCGGUCAUACAGCAAUUGGACAUGUGCGAAACGGUUACCGCCUGUACUACCAUGUUUUUCUCUGCUGUCACGUACAUCUGAGCCCUCGGUCAAACAAGCUGUUGAGGCUGGAAUUAAUGAAGAGAUCAUUUGGACUUAGGGAAUGUAAUCCAUUUUUUCCCCUUGGAAAAAAUGGCUUUCUACUGCUGAGCUUACUUUUGGGGUUAGCAUUGUUUUAUGUUAGAUGAUUUAACAAAAAUCUUGUUUUUCUUUUGUUUUUUAAAGGUAGUUUUUUGUUAAAGUUUAUACAGAAGAUGAGCAAUAGGCACUGGUGUGCUGUUCCAAUUUUGUUUCUGUCCAUGGCACUGGCAAAUAUUCCAGCAUAUAGAGUACUAGAUACCGAAGGACUCCUAGCUCUGAGGUACCAUUUUGAGUGUUGUUUGUGUGACUAGUCCUCAGUUCAUUGUUUUAACUUUUCAAAGCAUGUAUCUUAUCCGUUUGCAGAGAUGUCCUGCAGUGCACCAUGAUCACCCAUCAGAUUCUCCUACGGGGAGCUGCUCAGUGCUAUCUUCUUAAAGCAGCUAUACUCUUGACAGAUGUAGUAAGUCUUCCUAUUCUGAAAUAUAGUCGCACUGGAAAGGCAUAAAAUAUAGCUGAGUACUUUUAUAAAGCUUUAGUGGAUAAGGUUUGCUACUUCUUUGAAUUAAAAGAUACAGAAUUUUAGAAUCAUUUGAUUACCUUUCUUAAAUCUCAGGUGAAAUGUUUUCCUCCUUUGCUUCAUUUUUCUAGAUGCCAAGUUUUCAGAAAACAAAAGCCAUUGGCUUGGGCAUUCUUACACACCAUUGUGGCAUUAAAAUGCAUGACUACCCUAAGUACUGUGUUAGACUUGCGAUGACAUCUUUGCAUAUUGCACCUUGCACUUCGUUCUGUUGGAACUGCUCUGAGUAGAACACUUGCAUUGUGGUACUUUGCUAUUAAGCUUGAAGGAGUUUGGAGUAGGGAGAGAUGUAUAACAUUGCAAAAUGAUUAACACAACUCUGAACCUAAAUAUUGUUUUUCUUGGUUUCAAAUGAAUGCUACUUACAUUUCUUUCCUUAGGAGAAAGUGUCCCUUUCAGAUAUUGCAAACUUCAUUGUAUCUCUGAAACCAGAAGAGUCAUUAGGCAGAGGGACUGUUUUGUGGACAAUGGUGAGAGAAGUGAAAGCAAACUAUUGUGAAAUUGGUUAGUCAUUAUGGCAUUUUAGAUGUGUAUUAUUAUUAUUCCGAUUAAGCCUUUUGUGUUUCUAUGCUGUAAACUGCCCUGUGAUCUUUGAAUGCAGGGCAGUAUAGAAAUUUAAUAAAUAAAACAAAAAUAAAUAAAUAAAUCAUUUUGUUUUUCUUAGCUUUGUAAUUGGUUGCGUGUAAAUGACAAGCACUUUCAAAAGCCUUUAAACUGCAAUGUGCCUCAAGACAAAACUGCAUUAAGUGUUUAUGCACAAUCCCUUGUGGAGGAUUAUCUGAAAACACCUAUAGCCAAUUGUAAGUAGUUUUAUAAAUAUUAUAAAUAAUACUGUUUAUGUAAGCAAUGAGCACAUUUGUUAAAUAGUUCCGUUCCUAAGGAUUAAGGAUUAUUUAGUUCUGCAUAAAAGUGUUUGGAACACUUCCAGGUUUAUACAUGAUGUUGUUUUGAAGGUGGUGCUUUGUGAGGAGGGGUCGAAGAUCAGAGGUAGAUUGCAAUGUAAUAUAUUUCUGCACACCUUACCAGAAUCCCCAAUUAUGCUGAAAUCCUUUGUUUGUGGGUUUCACUGCCCUACUGCUGGGACAAUGCCACCAAAUUUGCUUUUGUAUAGAAGCUCUUUGCAAAUAUUUAUAAAGACUCAGAUUUGAUGAAUUACAUGCAUCGAGAAGGGGGUUGGAUUUGUGCUUGUGGAAAAGUAGCCGCUCAUGCCUCUUGGCAAACCACUUUUGAAUCCAAGAGGAGUUUGAAAAGCACUGGUGUGACAUGCUGUUCAAAGCAAAAAUGUCAAAAAUCCCACUGUGUGUGCACAAGCCCUUCAGCAUAUAUAAAGUAGCUCUUUGCUUCUUAGUCAUUUUGUAUUAAUUUCCUGGGGUUUAUCCCUCAUUAAAAUCACUAGGCAUAUUGUUCACUAAUUUAACUGGGAAUAGGAUUUCCAAAGUCCUGGUAAAUUAUUAAAACGACUGAAGUUCUCAAGCGCAAUUCUUAUCUCAGUUGCUUCUAUGUUCUAUUAACUAAAGAGUCUACUUCAAAGCAUAUCGUACAACAGCAUUCAUAAAAACAAUCAGCUUCAUUGCUUAUUUCAUUUUAUUUCUGUGCGUGACACUUCUGUCAGAGACUUUUAGCUACGGAACGCAUUAUCUCAGCAUGUGUUCUCUAGUCUAGCAAAGCCCCUUACCAUCGUUGAUCCUUCUCCCUUUCCCUCCAGAACCACUUUGCUGGCACAGGAGAAGCCAGUGGUGCUGACUCAGGGCCCCAGACUGUGGGUGCCCAGCGCGCCUGCACCCAUGCCGCAACGGCAUGACAUACUCGUUCAGGCAGAGCUCUACAACAUUGUACAAACUAGUAUUAUUUUUUUACAGCUGCAGAAGACUGCCUUAUGCCUGACUGGUUUGAAGCUAAACUUGUUGCUACGAUGAUUCUGCUGACUGCAGAUGUGGAAGAGAUGAAACAUGUAUACAGGUAGACACCCUGUUUUCUUUGCAUUUGCUUUGGAUGUGGACCACAAGUCUCUUGAGCUGCUUUGUCUAGCUUUAGUAUAUUACAUCCAAGGAAAGGUUAGAGCUAAGUGGCAUAAUGUAAAGAUUGUAUAUAUAUAUGAAAUAGCACCAAAAAAAAAAACCAUUGGGUUCUUAAAACACUUUCUUAACAAUGACAUUUUGAGUUCGCUGUAAAUGAGCUGUUGGUCAUAUUUGGUGAAAGGCAGCUCACAAAUUGGCUUUAAGCACAGAGAUGUUUGCUUGAAUCUUUUGUGGAUUACCUUGCCUACAUCUUGAAUAGAAAUUUAUUGUUUCUUUUCAGCGUGUGUGGACAAAGCGAUUUGUACAGAUAAUAACAAACUUUUGUGACACAGCCAGUGUAUUCAGAGGUAUUUCAGGAGCUUUGAGUUCAUAAUUCCUAUGAGCAACUGUGGAUUGGUGGAGUGUUGACUUGUUGUCUGUUCAUUGAUUACUACCUAGAGGCUGGCACCAUAAGAAAAAAAAAUGACUUGAUUGGGCAUUUGUUUUUUUAAGAGAAUUGAAAGUGGUUUGGGAGACCACAUUGCAUGUGUUUCUUCUGUUCCGCUGUUGUCUCUGGCCAAACAGGCUUUACAGAUUUUCUAAAUAAUACAAGAGAGAAUGAGAGAGACAGAGAGGGAGCCAAAAGUUGGUUAUCUGUCCCCAGUACAAGCAGCUUUCUGUCUUUCAAACUGCCUUCAGCUAUCAAAAAAACCUCCUGUCAUCUGUUACUAACCACUGUUGUGUUUUCCCAGAGUAUAAACAAAUGUUGGAACAUUUUGUGUAUUAAGUUUGGUUUAUCCACUCUUUAAAAAUAACUAAAUAAACAGUGUCAGCACUGGGUGUUCGAAUGUGACACCAUUCCUGCUUGAUAGCAUACAAUGUAGGCUGAGGUAUGUUCUCCUGCUUUUUGCUCAGUUGGAAGGUGAAUGCAGUUUAUCUACCCAGAAGUCAGCAAUACAGACAGUGGAAUAUGUUUCUCUUUUUAAUGUUUGUUUCGUGUAGUGUCAAUGACAGCACAGAACGGAUUGAGCUGAAGGCUCUCCUAAACCCUCUGCUAGAUGUCUUGCUGAAACUUGGCACUAAUCCCUACAUCUCAUCACUGAAAACCGAUAAAAGCCUACAGCUGCUAUUGAAGCUACUGCAGACUUGUUCAAUCAAAUGUUCCAGUCCACGAGUUGGUUAGUGGUAUAUUCAGUAUGUUGCUCUUAUGAAUCUUGCCCUUCUAACUGGUGUAACAAAAUUAGGCUAAUAGACUCAUCAAAACAAAUUGUAGUAAGUCGCUUUGAAACAGGAAUUCACAUUAAAAGCAAAUGGCCGUAUUAAAAAUGUCCAGAAUGCAUCUAAUAAGGAAUUACUAUAUUCUUAACAAACAUCUAAAUUCAGAGAUAAUCUGGAUACCACAGGAAAAAAAUAGGCAUAUUAAGCUACUGUGUGGUAUACAGUUAGUGUUGAUAAACCUGGUAAUCUUUGUCCUGUUUUGCCUUACAAGUAGGGGUUCUAUUUUUCUUUAGAAUGAGGCAUACAGAAUGAAAAGUACUUCUAACAUAUAAUUGUUGUUAUAAACAUCUUUGUGGGUUUGAUCAAGAGGUUUGGUAAAGGUGAAGGGGGCUGGUGGAAGUGCUUUGCUGCCCCAUCCUCCCAUCAGCAGGCCCCCAACAUCCCCACCCCACCUCAAAGUCCUUACUGAAGGUCCUGGGACCCUGCUGAAUGGGCUGCCCUCUGGCACAGGAGGGUGGGGCGAAUGGGAGAAGUUACCUCUACUUUUCAGGGAUAUCUCCCUACACCCAGCAUCCCGGCCUCUGCCCCACAUUCCGCCUCAUUCAAUAGGCACUCCUGUCCACAGGAAGAGGCUUUUCAGGACAGUGGAGGAAGGGAGAGGGUGGGAAAGUUUGGUUCUACCAGCCCCUUUCAGCAUGCUUUAUCUCUGGAUUAAUUCUUUAAAAUUGCCAUUCAAAAUGGCCCCAAGAGCUGCUUUUAGAAUGCCAGACAUUUGGAAACUGGGGUGAUUAAUAAUGCAUUCUACUUUUUUUAAAAAAAGUAAAAGCAUGCAAUUGGGGACUGUGAACUGUGAUUUGGGGUGUGUGUCUGUCAUUUUGAAUGAUAUAUCCUAUUAUAUGCUUUACCAUGGUAAUUUCAUUGUGUACUACAUCACAUGUGUAUGAUACUGUAAGCCUGCAACAUUUAACUUGUGCACAUUCAGCUUUUAUGCACAUGGCAAAAACCCCAAACACUCAAUAAAACGGGGCAGAAAGCAGGCAGGGUUCCUGGACUUUGGCAAUCCUACUUGCCCUUGAACCCAGUGAGUUUUGGCUAGACACAAUUUUGGUUUCAGGGGCAAUCCCCGGAAUGCAGCCCUUGCAUAAAUUGCAGGCUUACUGUUCAGCUUUGGGAAUAAUGGUACUACCAGUAUUUUAAUUGCAUGUAUCUUCAUACAGAUGGGAUAAUAGCAUUUCUCCAGAAUUCAUUUAUGACUGCCACAGAAAGUAUUUUGGAUUUUCUCCUCAGAAGACUUACAGCAAAUGAAUUAAAUACUGUAAGUACUUAGUGUAAAUAUUGGCUUGGAAUUAUUAUUACCGUAUUUUUCGCUCUAUAGGAUGCACUUUUUCCCCUCCAAAAAUGAAGGGGAAAUGUGUGUGCGUCCUAUGGAGCGAAUGCAGGCUUUCCCGGGCUUCCUGCAGCUCCGCGCCACCCUCCGGAUCCCGGCGCGAGCCGCGCGGGGCUCCGGAGGGUGGCGCGGAGCUGCCUGCGCCCCAGGGCUUCCUGUAGCUCCGCGCCACCCUCCCGGUCCCGGCGCGAGCCGCGCGGGGCUCCGGAGGGUGGCGCGGAGCUGCCUGCGCCCCAGGGCUUCCUGCAGCUCCGCGCCACCCUCCCGGUCCCGGCGCGGCCGCGCGGGGCUCCGGAGGGUGGCGCGGAGCUGCCUGCGCUCCAGGGUUUCCUGCAGCUCCGCGCCACCCUCCCGGUCCCGGCGCGAAGCCGCGCGGGGCUCGGGAGGGUGACGCGGAGCUGCCUGCAUUCCGAAGCCUGGUGCGCACUGAAGAGCGCGCCCGGGCUUCGCGCACCUCUCCACAAGCCUGGGGAGACCGGCUCGGUUCCCUAGGCUUGCGGAUAGCAGGCUGUUCUGGGGGCUGGGGUCGGGGGAAGCUCGGGCUUCCCCCGCGCCUGCCCCGUGCCUGGGGAGGGAAUUUUUUUCCCUUUAUUCCCCCCCCCCCCAAAAAAAAAUUAGGUACCUUGAACGCACCUUGUUUUAGAGGGAGAGAACAAGAAAAAUUUUUUUUUCCCUGUUCUCCCCCUCCUAUGAUCCGGUGCGUCCAAUGGUGCGAAAAAUACGGUAUUUUAAUUCAGAAGGGUAGCAAUAUUGUGAAAGUGUAUUCAUUUGGAAUGUUCAGAAAAAUAUUUAAAACAGAAAUGCUUUGUCAACAAACAUUGUGAAAAGCAUUUACUUAAACAGAUGUUUUAAAAUUUCUCUCUAGCCAUGUAAAAAUAUUUGAAACCAAAUGCAAAAGUGCAGAUCCAGUCACACAGUUAAAAUGAGUAUGUUGGUUGACAAGUUAUUGUAACGGAGGAGCUGGUGUAGUAUUCACACUGGUUUUUAACUGAGGCUUAGUGCAAACCUGGCCAUUGAGGCUGUUAGAUUAAUGUGAAGCAGUUGCCUGCCUAACUUGAGCAGAAUGUGGGGAUGGAUGGGGACAUGCAGAGCUUUGAUUCUGUGACCUGCUCUUGCAUGCUGCCUGCCUGCACAUUCGUGCAUUCAUGCCAAGCAGGGGGACGGAAGGACAUUAGGGCUCUGUUAAUGCUUUGAAGAGCUCUCUGCAGAACAAGAAUGAUUAGAUCUGGAUCUAAUUAACCAUCAACAUAGUUUUGCAUGCCCAAAUGUAUCUUAUAUCAGCAGCCUUCUGUGUCACAUGGCAAUCUGCUUUUGAAACAGAGAUUUGUUUGUUUGUUUUCAAGGCAAUCUAUGGUGUGGCCUGAAGGCAACAUGCCAGUUAAAGAAAAGCCAAAAAUUAUACUGAGCAUGUCUAAAGCAGCUACUUUGGAACUUGGCAUUAAUAUUAAAGUAACUAAUUGUGCAGACAGUAUCUCCUAGGUUUUGUUUUAAUGGACACCUGUAAUAACGUAUCCCUUCAGAUUUCAGAUCUGCAGCGCUGUAAUUUAUAUCUAGAAGUGUUGUCAGAGCUGAUGAACAUUUGCUCAGUCAAUGGCUGGAAAAAAGGACCAUCGAUCUGCAGCUUCAUCUCCUCUCUGAUAAAGACCUCUCUCUGCAGUGUUCAAGAGGGAAAUAGUGAAAAGGUAUUGAGUCAUAAUGCUUAGGCACAGUGCACAUAUUUUCACAAAAUACUCCUUUGUACUACUUUUGAAAGGAGAAGAGAGCAGCUUGGAUUUUAAAAUGUUGUGGCACUCUUCUGUUUACAGUAGAAAACCAAAUACUCUUGAUAUGCCAUAAUAGAUACAGAUACAUUUACCAGCUAAUGUUUUCCAGUUUUCUGAUGUGUGGUCUAAAAGUAAUGAAAACAGACUAUGGUCAGAUAUCCCAAUUUUUAGUGCUGUAUUGAAAUAAGACCAGAUCAGUUUAUUAGGGCCAGGGUCCAAAGAGCCGUGAAACUGAUUACGUGAGCCAAGUGCCUCCAUGUCUAAUGGCAAAUUGCUUUUGAAAGUGGGUGGGAAGUUUCAAAAAGAAUUUGUGAUGCCGCUUUGGCUCCAAGCCAGUACAAAAUACCUCAAUGUAGCUAGUGAAAAGGAAUGUAAAGUGAGACUCACACACUUCUCUCUUUGUGCUUUGAUAUCAAGAGUUUGGGCAAUAGGUAUAAAAAGAAGAAAACCUUGAAAUAAAAAGUGGCCACAUUUUCUGAUAAUCAUCUUGUGUUAGAUGGUUCACGGGGCAAUUAUACAAAUCCUUACAAUUUGACAUUAGAAGGAAAUAGAGUCCCUGCCUAAUUCCAUACCCAGCCUGCUGCUUUCCUCCAACCCAAAGGCAACACCUUCCUUCAGGCCCAGUCUUCAUAUCCUACUUUCGCUGUACAGGCCCUGUUCCCAUCCCUUUGUCUCCAUCUUGUGUAGAACAUGCCAUGCUUCCUCCUCACAACGUUAAUCUAAUCUAUUCAAACCACCUGGCAGCUGAAUAUAUGCUGGGGGAGGAAAAGGGGCUUCUCUUCAUCUACCUCAUUUGCUGAAAUGCUACAUAUAAAAUGUGUCACUUACUUUUUUAAAUUGAACUCUUUAAUAUAUUUAAGAGUCAAAGGGUAAUGCGGAACAGACCUUUUAUUCUAUAUUCAGACUAGCAUAAUUAUUUUUAUUGAUAUUUAUUUUUAUUUUUUCCAUACUUUAUUAGAACACAUUGUAAGAGUUUGAAAAUUACCUGUGUAACUUCGCUUUCAGGAGGUAAAACUUGGGGAACAGAUUCAGAAGGUAGUGAGUAUGGCAUCGCUAAGUGUGAUUUGUGAAAUUAUUGAUCAGAAGCCAGAUCUUCAGCUUGAAUCUCUCCCAGCUGUUGAAACCCUAAAAACAACUAUUUCCUGUGCUCAACUUAACCAUGUAUUAAAGAAGCCUUGCAGUAUGGAAAAAGAUAGGUAUUUGUGUUAAUCACUUUGUUUAACAAAUUUUAAUUGGAGAGAAAUCUACUAUUCUAACUUCUAUCUGUUUUCUUAAAUCCUACCUUUAUAUAUAUAUAAAAGCAGAAUACCUUAAAGGCUUCUUUAGUCUUCUGCCAUUCGUGUUCUAGAUGUGUUCCUAUUAUCCCAUUUCCUAAUAUGUAAGCAUUUUACUCUUAGGAUUUAGACUGCAAUCCUAACCAUGUCUAUUCAGGAGUAAGUCCCAUUGAUUUAUAUGAAGUUUAAUCCCAGGUAAGUGAGGUUAGGAUUGCAGCCUUAGUUAAAUUCUAUGUGAUCAUGAGCUUGGAAGUAUGUUCCCAGUUAUGUCUGUGGGGUUGUGCUGUUAAUUAAUUUUAUUGGGUCUUGAGCUGUUGCUAGACAUUUAAUUUAGUCUAUUCCUUUCCUUGGAGUACAAUACAGUACAUUUCUCUUUUUUAAAAAAAGCAAAGGUGAACUGAAAUAUUUUUCAACUUUUAUUACAGUUAUCUUGAAGAGCCAGCAUCUCAUCAAGGAUGGGGGAAAAUUGUAGCGUGUUAUAUACAUGAUCAGUGGGUUUGUCUUCAUUUUGUUCUAAAUAAUUAUCAAAAGCUUUCUAAAGACAAAUAUAGAGAGCACUUUUUGCCAGAUGUUCAAAAAUGCACAAGAAUUUUACAGUCUGCACUGGAAGCAGUGACAAUUCUUCCUUCUGAUCAUAUCUUACCUGUGUUUCAUUCCAUGAAAAUAGUCGUUUCCAAGGUAAAUGGUUUAAAACAAUGUUUGACUUUAUUACAUGGCUUUAUAUUUUAUGAAAAACUAAAUGCUACUUCUUUUUGCCUUUAGCUUUUGGAAUCCUCUGAAUCUCUGUGCAUAGAGGCUUUUGACUUAGCAUGGAAAAUUAUAUUUGCUCUUAGUAACACACAGCUGAUCUUUUGGCCCAAUCUAAAAGCUUUUGUUCAGUUUGUGUUUGAUCCUGAAAUUCUUGCUGCCGCAGCAAAGAACAAGAGUCAGGCAUACACCAGGAUAAAAGAGGUAAACGUUUUACAUUUCUUGUUCUUCCUGCAAUCUCUAUUCUUGGCAGUUGUGUUCAGAUUAUCGUAUCUCAGCUUGUUAACCUGUUAGGUGUGCACAAGUGUUCUGCUUCUGCACAUAGCCCUUGAGCCAUGGUUAAACUUGGAAUCCCCUGGUUAACUGGGAAACUAUGGUUACUAACUCGGGAAGAAGCCAGAAUCAAAUCAUUGUUUUAAUUUGGUUUAAUAUCCUAGGUUGUUCUGGAGCUGGUAACCUAGUUUCCCAGUUCGGAGAUUCUUCGAUCAAUUAGAGACUUUCUGAUAUGAUGGCAACUCAUGUGAAAGGGCCCUGUGCCCAGGCAAAAUCUUAUGCUAUCUUGUUUAAGAACUAUGAUUUUCAAAACUUGUUCAUAAUCUUUAAUUGAGCUUUCCCCCAGGUCAGCAUGAAGCAAGUAUAUGGAAGCUUGGUUGCUGUUAUGUUUUUAACCAGUGAAUCUAGGGAUGUAGCUCAGUAGUAAAGAAUAUGCUUUGCAUGCAGAGGGUCAUAGGUUCAAUCCCUGGUACGGUUGGGAGAAACUCCUCCCUGAAACUACAAAAGCUGCUGCCACUCAGUGUAGACAGUAUUGAGGAAGAUGGACCAAUAGUCUCACUUCGUAAAAGGCCACCUCCUAUGAACCUAUGCAGAAUAUAAGCUGCCUCCCAUCAGACUUGUGUAAAAAUGACAGCUAAGGAUAUAAAGUAUGUACAGUGGUGCCUCGCAAGACGAAAUUAAUUCGUUCCGCAAGUUUUUUCUUCUUGCGAGUUUUUCGUCUUGCGAUGCACGGUUUCCCAUAGGAAUGCAUUGAAAAUCAAUUAAUGCGUUCCUAGGAAGCCGACUUCAGACCAGGUCCGGGGACAGUCUGUCCCCCGACCUCUUCUGAAGGCUGGGGGGACAAGGGCUUUUCUUCCCACCCACCCCAGCAUUUUAAAACCCCGGGACAGCGGAGGGCUUCUCCGCUGUCCGGGCGAUCUUAAAAUGCUGGCGGGCGGCAUUUUAAAAUUGCCCCGGGACAGCGGAGGACUUCUCCGCUGUCCGGGGCAAUUUAAAGCCCCUGGGAAGGCAGGCAGGGGGACAAAGACUUUGCCCCCGCCAGCCUUCAGAAGAGGUCCUGGACCUCUUCUGAAGGUUGGCGGGGCGAAGUCUUUGUCCCCCCACCUGCCUUCAAAAGCUGUCCAGCCAAGGCUCGCGGACCUCUCCGCAAGCAGCGGCAGCACUGCCGCUGCUUGCGGAGAGUUGCCGGCAUGCCGAAGCCUGCGCGCGCUGAGAUCAGCGCGCCCAGGCUUCGCGGACCUCUCCGCGAGCAGCGGCAGCGCUGCCGCUGCUUGCGGAGAGUUGCCGGCAUGCCGAAGCCUGCGCGCGCUGAGAUCAGCGCGCCCAGGCUCGCGGACCUCUCCGCGAGCAGCGGCAGCGCUGCCGCUGCUUGCGGAGAGUUGCCGGCAUGCCGAAGCCUGCGCGCGCUGAGAUCAGCGCGCCCAGGCUUCGCGGACCUCUCCUGCCUUCAAAAGCCGUCCGGGAUGGCGGGACGCGGUUCCCUGCUGUCCCGGACUGCGUUUAAAAUGGUGGCGGUGGGGAGCAAAGCCUUUCGGCCCCGCCAGCCUUCCUGGACCUCUUCUGAAGGCCGGAGGGGAAGGCUUGCUCCCACCGCUAGCAUUUAAAGAGGUCCCGGAGAUUUCCCUAUGGGCUUUCGUCUUGCGAAGCAAGCCCAUAGGAAAUUCGUUCUGCGACGCCUCGCAAAACGGAAAACCCUUUCGUCUAGCGGGUUUUUCCGUCUUGCGAGGCGUUCGUCUUGCGGGGCACCACUGUAUGCUAUACAGUCAAACCUUGGGUCCCGAACACCGAAAACCGGAAAGUAAAUCCUCAGUUUUUGAACAUUUUUCGGAAGCCAAAUGUCCAGCGUGGCGUCCACUGAGUGCAGGAAGCUCCUGCAACCAUUCGGAAGCCGCCCCUUAGUUGUCGAACAUUUCGGAAGCCGAACGGGCUUCCGGAACAGAUUACGUUCAGCAACCAAGGUUUGACUGUAUAACUAUAUAAACUAUGUAUGCUUUUGUUUUACUUCAAAUCCAUGCUUCUUAAACUUCUUAAAAUGCAAGAGAGUAUAUGAGAAAAAUGUUACUUAAACAGUAGUAUGCAAAAUGUGAACUUUUAAUGCUAACUUGCUUUUACAGAAGUACUCAUUUGUACCCACUGAAACAAGACUUGCUUAUUUUAAAAUAUGCUAAAACCGGUAAAUGAUUGAAAUGAUUUCCCCCCUCUUUAAGAUCAUAUUUCAGAUGAUUGAAAUGUCUUCAACGAGGACUGGCGUCUUUAAUAUGUUGUUGACUUACUGCUGUCAGUCUUGGCUAUUUCCUACGUCUGAUGACCCGAAUGCUGUUGAAAAGGCUUUUUCAAAUGCUAGCAAUUACAGUGAACUUGUAGUAGAGGCCUGUUUAUUUGGAACUGUUUUCAGGCGUGAUCAAAGGUAAAACAAAAGCAAUGUUACUUUUGUGUUGCACUUGGGAAAUGUAUUGCUGAUUUAUGUAAUAAUUUCCAGAGUUGGUUUUUGUUGUAGCAAAAAUAACAAAGGGUUGUAUCCAAUGGUGUCUAUACAGAAGGGGAGCAAAGUUUCACUUGAGCAAUGGAGCUUCCCUUUCCUCUUCUACUACCUCCAGCUCUCUACAUAACCCCAAUACAGGCAUACCUUGGUUUUCGAACAGCCUAGUUCUUGAACAUUUUGGCACCCGAAGAAUUGAAACCUGGAAGUGAUUGUUCCGGUUUUCGAACAUUCUUUUGGAAGCCGAACAUCUGAUGGGGCUUCCACAGCUUCCGAUUGGCUGCAGGAGCUUCCUGCAGCCAAUCAGAAGCCGCGCUUUGGUUUUUGAACAUGUUGGAAGUCAAACGGACUUCCGGAACGGAUUCCAUUCAACUUCUAAGGUACGACUGUAUUGGCUUGAGGGUCUAGGGAUCCUCCUCAGGAGAUCUUGAGCCUGGAGGGAGAAGAGGAAGAGGAUAUCCUGUUGUGCAAGCAGGACUUCAAAGCGUCUUAUAAAGUCAUCUUAAAGAUCAGUACAUUUAUUAUGUAUUAUUUUGCAUGGAUCUGUACCACAAGACUCUCUGUUGUCCUUAUGGAUUUAUCUAUUUUUUCAUUAUUUUAUUAAAUGCAAAAUGAAGCAUAAACAAAAUCCCCACAGGAAACAGGUUAGAAAUAUUGAAACAGAGACAAGAUGGAGGUCAGAGAUAUGUACAAUACAUACCAGACUUUUCAUAUAAUAGAAAUUAGAACAAGUCUAUAAAAAUAGAAACAUAAUUAACAUGGAGAUUCCUUAAUUUCUCAGGGUAGAGAACUGCAUUUACAUCAACCUUAGUUUCUGAAUCUUCACAAAUUUCCUGCUUUAUUGUAUCAUCUAUUUAAAGGCUGGGGGUGAAGGAGAUUGGUAUGAUUAUUAUGUUUAUGUUAAUAAUGUAGAACAAAUAAAUUUCUCCCUUUUAUGUGGAUUUAUGAUGGCAGGGAACCUUAAACUAUAAUAAGUAAAUAUUGAAAAAUAUAUAUAUUUUUUUCUUCUCCUUUUAAAUACAUCAAGACUCGUUCAGGAAGUAUGUGCUUUUAUAGAAAAUCUUGGAGAUGAAUGUGCAGCAAAUGUUGUUACAGAAAGGUCGGUAUUUCGUCACCUGGUUUUAUAAUAGUUAUAAUUCACUGUAUCUGUACCAUUCAUAACAUUCAUCUCCCCACUUCUGUUUCUUCUGAAUCAUUGUUUCCUGAAUUGUGCUUCAGAAAAAAUUAUCUAAACAGCAGGGUGCUAGGAAGUCAUCAUGAAAAAGAAAAUAACAAGGAAACUGUGCUCUUACAAACACUAUAGCCAGGAUCCAGAGAACUACACAACUAGUUUUGUUCAUCCAAAGGGAUUCUGGGCUUGUGUGUUUUGAACAGCAGUCUUCCAUGCUUUUGAAACUGAGCAGAGUUUCAGAAGUUGUUUGCCAUUUGAAGAUGGGGAGUGAAAACCCUCCUAGGCAUGCCAAAAGCCUUUUGGACAUGUGUAAAAUAGCUCUUUAGAUUUUGUUUCCAUGAUUUGAUCAGACAGAAACAGCAUGUUGAGCUAGGUAAAUUCUUAAUCUUGCUAUAAGAGUCACAUUUGGCUCCCCCAGCCUCAGAUUCCUCAUUCCUGAUUGAUGGCAUAAAUCAUGCUGGAUAGCUUCAACAAGAUUAAUUCCACAGUUUCAGACUUGAUCCUGGUAGGGCAUCUGCCUGUAAAAAUGCAAGUGUUUGAUUUAUCCUAGCAGCCCAGCCAAAUUAGAAGGGGGUGGGGGUGUCAAUUAUUGUGGCUCCUUUAAGUAUAUGUUUGCACCACUGAAAUAUAAAGCUGAAAUGGGGAGUGACUUAUGCAAAAAAGGGAGCACACGGUCAGAGGAUUAAAAAAGUAAUAUAUUGUAUUACAGUACGAACAGGGAUGACCAUUAUGUGAGAGUUUGUGCCAUCAAAUUUCUGUGCUUGCUGGAUGAGACAAAUACAUUGCACAAGAAGUUUAUAGAAGACUUUGUGAUGAAACUACUUGACAGGGUAGGUAUCUGUUUAUGGUGCUUUGUGCAUAUGUCUUGGCUUUGACAAUUGGACUGCUCUGGUUGCUGGGGACAUAGCAGCCCCCCUACCCUCACAGAGGUUAUUUCCAUACUGUUAUUAUUUUGUGGCAAUUGUGCCCUUCAUUUCUUUGCUUGCUUUGCUGUCAUUGUAGCUUGUAAUAAAGAUAAGAUGGAAAAUAAUGGUUGGAAAAUGUGAAAACCUGGGGUGUGUGAGUGAAGCAGCUUAUCCAAAAGUUGCUGCUUAUAUGACACCUAUUAAUCAUGGGGCAAGAUAUACAGCAGCAUUGUGUUAGCUACGUCAGAUAUUUGUGUUAGCUGCUUUAGAAUAUGUAAGGUUGCUCCUGAAGAAGGAACCAGUUCCAAAACUAGAUUGAGCUACACUAGACUUUAAUAGUUGUUGCUUUUGAGAACCAAAACUCCUCUUUGCAUUCUGUGUAUACUGUAGAUAUCUACAGUGUUCAAAUCCAGGAUGUAUUUCUGCAGCUAGAGUACUGUCAUCUUUAUGAGAGUUGUGUACAGGGUCUUCCUUACUUGCGAAUCGCUGCAUUCAGUGAUCUUUCAUCCAGCUUGGAGGUGCUAGGAAGAAGUAUCCUGCAUCUGCUGCCCUUUUGACCUAGACUCUCCCUUGUGAUUAACCUUUUCAACCAGAACUGAAAGAAACUAAAGUACCAAAGCAUUCAGCUUGAGCAAAUUUAUAUUCUCUGCAGGGUGAACUCAUGUCCAAAUCAAAAAACCGCUAUUAUGUGAACUCCUUACAACACAGAAUUAAAAAUCGACUGUGGCAGACAUUGCUAGUUCUGUUUCCAAAACUUCAUGAGGUACUGUUUUUCAUAGCAUUUGUUUUUAUUACUUAUGAAGGGAAAGUUAAUUAAUAAAACAGCUUUUCUAUUUAUAAAAUGGGGUGCAUAGUACCACAAGUAUGUAAGACUUCCUUCCAGCAUAUAAUUUCCCUAAGAAGAAUUGCUUAGAAUUAAGAAGGUAGGCUGCUUUUGUGGCUGUACUAUUAGUUUUUUAAUUGACUGGCUAAAUUGAAAUGAUUCAUUUGCUCUUUUACUGCUUUUUAUUUUUAUUAGUUUGUUGUCUGUUUUGAAAGAAAACCCUUUUAAAACCCUAGGAAGGAAAGAGUAGUGUGUUUGUGUGUGAUUGAUGUAGGUUUACAAAGUAUAAUUGAUUUCAUACCUGUUAUUUUAUCUAGGAUAUUUUAACAAGAACUAUUGACAGGAUUCUACAAGCUGGACAUAGUAAUAAUCAAGCAUCAGUAAAGUACUUAAUAGAAUGGAAUAUCAUAUUGAUUCUACAUAAGUUUCCUCAUUUUCUUCAAAAGUUCUGGGAUUGUUUUAACUAUGUGAGUAGUAAGGUAUUUGGUUGUUCAAUUGUGAAUAAAUCAUAUAUGUUUUUAUUGAGUCCUUAAGUACUUUUCAAGUAUUAAUUUUGUUUUUCUUAAAUGGAUUCCAGGGACAGGGGUAGCAUUUACCAUUGAAUAUAUUGACGUUGAUAAUAUAUGUAAUAAUUGUGUUAAAGCAGUUAAGCCCCUGUAUUUUGGAGGCAUGAAUGACUGUUUCUGGGUUCAAAAUUGGUUGAUAAGAUGUCAUUAAACUAUAAGGAACUACAUGCAUUGGGAAACCUUGAUACUAACACAUGGCUUAUUUUUCAGGGUGAAGACCAGCUUAAAACUAGCAUUUGCACAUUUUUAGCAGUGAUGUCACAUUUUGACGUAAUUCUCCAAAAUAUAUCUGAGAAGGUACAUUUUUUUGGUUGAAACUAAGAAAUGGGGUGUAGGGAACAAGUAAUAAUAAUCCGCUAACUAUAUCUUGUUGAGGUUACUGCAAUGUGUUUUACGGGACUGCCUUUCAAGACCACUCAGAAACUUUAAAGACCAAGGCCUAUCUACUCCAAACCAGUGGCAAACCACUGUAUAGCAAUUACAAGCCAACUAGCAGGGUAUGAGUGCAGUAGCUGUCUCUCCUGCUGUUAAUCCCUUAGCACAGGCAUAGGCAAACUCAGCCCUCCAGAUGUUUUGGGACUACAACUCCCAUCAUCCCCAGCUAAUAGGACCAGUGGUCAGGGAUAAUGGGAAUUGUAGUUUCAAAACAUCUGGAGGGCCGAGUUUGCCUAUGCCUGCCCUAGCAGCUGGUAUUCAGAGAUAUGCUGCCCGUGAUUCUGGAGGUAGAAUAUGGCUAUCAUGACUAGUAGCUGCUGAUAGCUCUGUCCUCCAUGAAUUUGUCUAAUCCCCUUUUAAAGCCAUCUAUAUUGGUGACCAUCACAUCUUGUGGUAGCAAAUCCCAUAGUUCAGCUAUAUGCUGUGAAGUAGUACUUCAUUUUGUCCAUUCAACUUAAUUAGAUGACCUGGGUUCAGGUGCUUUGAGAAAGGGAGAAAAACCUUUCUGUAUCCAUUUCCCCCACACCCUACUCAUCUUACCCCUCCUGGCAGAAUUCCCCCCCCCCCCAUGCCUUCACUUGGCUAGAUUGCUGACUAUUACAGGUCAUUUGGACCAUAUUUUGGAUGUUUAAAAGUUUCACUGGUUCCCCAUGCAUUUCUAGGUUUAAGUAUUUUGAGGACCACUUGCUCCCAUUCAAGCCUGCAUAUUCAUUAAGGUCACCUGGAGAGGCCCUUUUUUAGAUACCUCCAGCUACAGAAGUUAGUGAAUGGUGAUUGAGAAUCGGGUCUUCUCAGCAGAGAUGCACUGGCUCUAGAAUGUCCUCCCCAGGUCUGUGCACAUAGCAUCGGUACUUAGGACUUUUAGGCUGCACGUGAAAACAGCUCCCCCCCCCCCAGCCUCUUUAAUAACUACGUUGUAACACCACAACACUAAUGUUCACUUUAGAGCAUCCCCAAACUCGGCCCUCCAGAUGUUUUGGGACUACAACUCCCAUCAUCCCUAGCUAACAGGACCAGUGGUCAGGGAUGGUGGGAAUUGUAGUCCCAAAACAUCUGGAGGGACGAGUUUGUGGGUGCCUGCUUUAUAAUGUAUUGGUCUGUUAACUGAGGUCCAGCUCUGAGGGCCUUCUGGUGGUUCCCUCAUUGUGAGAAGUGAAGUUACAGGGAACCAGGCACAGGGCCUUCUCGGUAGUGGGGCCCGCCCUGUGGAACGCCCUCCCAUCAAAUGUCAAGGAAAUAAACAACUAUCUGACUUUUAGAAGACAUCUGAAGGCAGCCCUGUUUAGGGAAGUUUUUAAUGUCUGAUGUUCUAUUAUAUUUUUAAUAUUUUGUUGGAAGCCACCCAGAGUGGCUGGGGAAACCCAGCCAGAUGGGUGGGGUAUAAAUAAAAUAUUAUUGUUGUUGUUGUUGGGUGGGGUAUAAAUAAAAUGUUGUUGUUGUUGUUUAGCAAUAUUAAGAAAUGUUAAUAGUUUUUACUUUGCAAUGUUUUGGCGUUUGUUUUGUUCUGUUUUUAAUUUGUAGGCCACUUUGAAAAUAUGUUAUUGAAUGAUGGAAGACAAUUUAUUAUUAAUUAUUAAAAUUAAUAUACAUUUGCAGAUAUAUGUUGGUUUAUAAUGCUGCAAGUUAGCUAAGAGUUGAAGGCUAUGCAUAGAAGUAUAAUUCUAUAUGGACUAAAAGCUGGAGUAAAUCUUAUGUUUGGAUGUAGGAUUUCUUGAUAAAACUUCAGUUGAACUUCCAGCUCAUUGCCAUGUCAAUUUAAAAAUGUUUCUCAUUAGGAAUUAGAUGAGUUAUAGUUAUACGACUUCUUACAUAUAGUUGUAUUGCUUCUUACAAGAAAUGUAUGAACUACUAAAGGAAUGCCUUUCUCCCUCUAGACACCAGCCUUAAAGAAAGCCCUCAUCGUUGUUCUACAGUGGUGUUUCCAUCACAAUUUCAGUGUUCGACUUUAUGCUUUAAUUGCCCUUAAGAAAAUUUGGGGAAUGUGCAAAGCAUUGUGUGUGGAAGAUUUUGAAGCUUUAGCUCCAGUUAUUGAAUGUAGUCUCAAUCAAGCAGAAAGCAUGCAUGGAACAGGGUUAGUAGCUCAUAAUUAUUUUAAAAUACUGCUUUGAAACUAGUGAUGCUCCAAAAUGAAAACACUUUCUAGACCACUUACGGAUGAAUGUAAUUUUCUCAAGGAGCACUUUGUUAUACCCAUAGUUGUGUUGUCUCAUCUGAACAAGGUAGAACAUUUUAAAAUAAACCAAAUUCAGCAGUAACAGAUAAAGUGAAAUUAUGAUAAAUGUCUGGGGAUUUCUUUUUCAUCAGAAGCAUACCUGGCCUGUGAAACAGAAAACUAGACUGCUUGUCUCUUGAAUUUUAAUAAACUGACUUACUCCACUUAUUUGAAUAUAGGUCAAUCACUUCCAUAUUAUUAUUGAUGGAUUAGAUAGAAGAUACUGGUGGUUUGUGGAGUAAAAGGGAGAGACCAAUAGUGUGGCAAUUUGUUUAUUCUUUGGGAGACUGUGAGGUUAAAUUGAUCUGAAAGUGCUGCAUUAAUAUAUGACUUAAUGUCUGGAAGAAUGUUGAGUGGUGAACCAAAUAAGGCAGGUAAUAACAGUGUAGGUGUAUAAAGUAGGAUUGCUCUUGUAUAGUUCAUUGUAUAUAAACACAAAUCAUAAUGAAAUCCUAAGCAUUUUUACUUAGAAGAAAGUCCCAUAGAGUUCAGUGGAUCUUACUCUUGAGGUGAUUAUGCUUAGAAUUGCAACUUUGAACUAUGCCCGGUCUGGGGAAGAAGGUUUAAUCCUUUGAAUAUAGUUCAUUAUUAUUAUGUUAUGUUAUGUUAUGUUAUGUUAUAUUAUAUUAACCUGGCCAGAGCCUCUGAAAUGGGACAAGUUAAAGAUCUAAAUUUGAUAACUAAUAUAUAUAUAUAUAUAUAUAUAUAUAUAUAUAUAUAUAUAUAUAUAUAUAUAUGUUGUGAUUCACAGACCCACAAAUGAGUUUUCCCAGCUGUUUGUUCUGUAGCUGCUUCCACUGCCAAAUCGUGGAACUACUGUUUAAAUUCCAUAAAAAGCAGCUGCAAUAUGUAAUUUGCCCCAAGUGUUCAGCACAGAAAAGGGCUGGAAGAAUUGUGAUGCGCAAUGCUUAAAACAAUGAGUUUUAACAAUGAAUCAGUGAAUCAAUGAGUCGCAGCCAUAGAAUCUAACUCACAGAUAUGUGUAUGCUCAAAUGUGAUUUAUUCAGCGGAGAGACCUCAGCUUAGUGUGAAAGGAAACCAUGUGGAGCUCUUUUAGUGCUUCUGCACCACAAAGAAAUUCCCUUGAUCGAGGCGAUGUUGUGUAAUACCUCAUAAUUACCCUUGUGUGCUUACUAGUUGGAAAGUGACCAAAUCGUAAUAUAAAAAAAGAAGAAUUAUGCUGCAGUCCUUACCCAACUUAUCUGGGAGUAAGCCCCAUUGAAUUAAAUAGGACUUACUUCUGAAUAUACAUGGUUAGGAUUGCCUUUUGGUAAUCUUCUAAAAAGAGGCUUAUUGAGACAUUUUCUUGUCGUACAUCAUAAUAUUAUCCUUACAAUGCAGGAAUGCUAAAAAGAAUUGGCAGCGCAUCCAAAAACACUUUUUCUUUGAAAACUUUCAUCCACUUAAGGAUUACUGUGUUGAGGUAAGUACAUAAAUAUUCAGUGGUUUGUUUAUUUGUUUUUUAAAAAAACAACCUUAGAUCUGUCUAAUUGAUGACACUGCUAGUGUGAUCAAGGAGAUAUGGCUUCAAAUUUCCACUCAUUCAAGAAACUAACUGGAUGACCUUGGGUCAUUAAGCAAAGGCAUUUUUGUGUGUGUGUUGAAAACAUCAAACUCACUGCCAGAGUUAACCUAAUUCUGCACCAUUUUGUUUUUAUAUGUGUGCUUACUUUGCCUAAUGUACAGUUCAGUCCUGUGCAUGUCUUCACAGGCAUAAGCCCCAUUGUUCUCAACAGGACUUACUUCCAGAUAAUACAUGAUUGCUUCCUUAUUCAGCUUUUGCUACAGGACCCUUAAAUCACGCACCCCAGAUAUUUGGAAAUUCACUAAACCCCUUCUGUUUCUUGAAAUUUUAUCAAAUAUUAUACACAUUCAUAAAAGCUAGAAACAGACAUUAAAUAAGAAAAUGAAAGUCCAGGGUCUGAAUUUCACGUUUCUUUGCAACCACAGGAUGUACACAACCCUGAACCUCGUAUAGAAGUGUGUGCUUUGAGAAAUGACUACUUACUUGGAACAUGUCUUAUUUUAUGGAUUGCCAUUAUGCAGUUAGAGAAGGUGGGCAGAGCAGUUCAAUUAGGGUGGAGAAUUUAUGGUGGAAGAACCACCAAAUCCAGAGUCGUCCUGACCAGGGUGGAAAGGCACGAAGUACACCAACUCCUGGUAUUUUCCCUCCAAUGUCAGGGGAGUGGGAAGGUUUUGGAUACGGCAGAUCUUCUUAAUAUACCCAUAUGAUGUCCAUUUUAUCUCCCAACUGUCAUUGCAGGUGGGGUUGUACUCUAAAUAUGCUUGCCUUCCAUUAAAGUCAAUGAGAUUUAAGCCCAGUCAUACCUUGGAAGUUGAACGGAAUCCAUUCCGGAAGUCUGUUCAACUUCCCAAACGUUGGAAAACCAAAGCGCUGCUUCUGAUUGGCUGCAGGAAGCUCCUGCAGCCAAUCAGAAGCCGCGGAAGCCCUGUUGGACGUUCGACUUCCGAAAGAACAUUCACAAACCGGAACACUCACUUCCGGGUUUUGAUCGUUCGGAAGCUGAUUUGUUCGGGAGCCAAGGCAUUCAAGAUCCAAGGUACGACUGUACACUGAAAUAUCAGUAGGACAGACCGAACCAUCAUUUUGUUUCUCUUAUUAUAAUGGGGCACUAAUGCUUCACUUCGACUGGUUCAUGGCUAAUAUAUUUCGGCAUUUUUAGUGCUAGUUCAAUUUUCCAAAUAUUAUUUUUCAGACAAUAUUUUACACCUUGCCGCAUCUUUCAGAAAUUGCAGAAGAGGAAUUGAUUUCUCUAUCUAAAUUUAAAGCAUUCACAGACAUCCCACUGAGCUCAACAUUUCCAUUCUCUCAUUCUCGAACUUCACUUCUUGAUCUGAAGCAGUGUGACUGGUCUCAGCAAGAUUUGGGUAAAUAACUAGCGCUGGCUUAAAUAGUCACGUAUAUUUUAUAUACUUCUUUUAAAAUUAAUUGUGCAAUAUUUUAACAACACAAAAUGUUAAAUGGUUAUGAAGAAUAUUGUCUGCCCUCAGUAUUUAAUUUCUAAUAUGCUAGGAUUCUCAGCAGAGUUUGUUGCAUUCAGGUAACUAAAUAUUCAAUCUUAGGUUUGAGUUCAGCUGAAUCAAGCAGCCAAAGACAAUGGACAGAUGUUCAAAAAAAGAUAAUUCCUUGGAAGGACAGUACUCCUGAUCUGGAGCUUGUAUUUCAAGAUCGGGCUACUAAACUUGGAAAAGCAAACAAUAAACUGAUUGUAGUGGCUUCACUCAUUGAUAAACCUACCAAUUUAGGAGGUAAGAUCUUACCCACUUGAAACUACUAGUACUUGAAAGUAUGUUAUGUGACUUACAUUUUUUUUAAAGCAAACUUUAUAUAUUCAACCUCUCUAUAUAAAGGAUUUCCAAUGGAAAUUGCAUUUAAUCAUUCAAACUACAGCACAAAAGAGAAGUGCCUUUCACUUUCCCCCCUGACAUUAUCAUAAAUUGGUGUACUUUAGCCACUUGUAGUAAUUAGUUUUUUCAGGGCCAUGUUAUAGGCUGAUGAGGAUGCUUAGUUUAAGAUCUUUAAGGGAAGAGUGAGUCAUGCUAUUGUAUUUUUGUAUAGCCUGAUAGACCCACCAUGAAUGCCCUUCUUCAGCAUCUAAGUGCGCCAUUCAAUUAAUGAAAUAUGACUCAUACUAAAUGAAAGUGUUCUGCUUCUUUGUAGGCUUGUGUCGUACAUGUGAAAUAUUUGGGGUGUCAGCUCUCAUUGUUGGCAGCCUUCAUUAUAUAAAUGACAAGCAAUUUCAGUACCUCAGUGUUUCUGCUGAACAAUGGCUUUCCCUUAUUGAGGUGAGCAAAGAGUAUAUUACUUGUAGACUACUUAAAUGUAACUUAACUUGCCUCAGUUUUUCAUGAAUGGGCUUGCCUAACAUUGUAUGGGAUUAAAAUUCUUUAUGCUAGUGUUGAAGUGUUAUGUAUUAGUCUGCUACCUUUACAACUCUUUCCUGUGAUUGACUGGGCUGAGCCUCUGGCUGUUUUACUACGGUUAAGCACUUUGACAUUUCUUUGAUUUCAAUGGGAACGUUAAGCAUGUGUGUUCCUGAAUAUAUCUCUGACUAGCAUUGCUGGAGUGUCUUCAUAGCUUGUUUGUGGCAUUUAUGGAGGCAUCUGGCUGUCAGUUGGAAACGAGUUGCUGCACUAGAUGGAUUCCCAACCUGAUCCCUGCUUUUUUUGUUUUGAUUGAUUGAACCUAGCAGUGUGGCUUUAUGAAUCUUAUAAGGAUACUGUAUUGGUCCACAUGAUGUUAGCCUUUCAGCUGAUCAAAAUCUGACAUAUUUUGACUGAUACAGCUAUUUGUACUGUAUAUUAAUAGAGGUUUGCAUUUAAACAUUUCUAUACUAAUCUCACUUUUCUAAAAAUAAAUAAAUGUGCAGGUAAAGCCAUUCCAGCUUGCUGAUUAUUUGGAGCAGAAGAAAAUGGAAGGCUACACUAUAAUAGGUGUAGAGCAAACGGCUAAAAGUUGUGAUCUGACAGAAUAUUGUUUUCCAGAGAAAUCCCUCUUGCUGCUGGGGUAAAUAAAAAAACAAAACUUUUUAAAUAUAAAAUGAUUCUAAAUAAUUUUUUGGUAGUGAAAGCUGAGAAUUGUAGAGUUUGAGGAAAUAUGAAAAGAUCAGCUAUAAUUGUUGCUCCCAUUUACUGUAGUGGCUGAAUAGGACUAGAAUAGAAACAUAGGAAGGCCUCAACCACCCAGCUGUCCGUCAUUGUAGUUUUAUUUCUGAUGGUCCCCUGGUGUAGAACUCACUCAUUCCAGAUAUUUUUGUCCUCCCCAUUCAACAGGGCUGCAGGCUUAUUUUUCAUGUAACUGAAAUGGAUGUAAAACAGUAACACAUCAGUUAAUUACACCAUAUAAUAGCACUGAGCAAUAUUUUUAGGGAGUGAGGCAAGAGUCAUAUUAACUGCAAUUGAUCUGUCUUAAAAGCAAUAUUAGUUAUGAAAGGGGACUGAGGAAAUGUUAUCACUGUAUCACAGUGCUGUCUUCUCUGCUAAAUAUAUGAUUAACAUUAUCUGGCCCAGUAGCAGCAGUGGCUCCUCAGACAGGGUCUUGUUACCCAAUAUCAUUUUAUUUGGAUAUUCCUUUGAUUAAACCUGGGUCUUUUUGCAUGCUGAGUAGAUGCUCUCGGACUGAACUGCACCCCCUCUGCUAACUGUGUUAUAUGUUUGUGUGCUUUUCUUGUCAGAAAUGAGCAUGAGGGAAUCCCUGCAAAUCUAAUUCAGCAGCUGGACACCUGUGUAGAAAUUCCUCAGCAAGGAGUUAUCCGGUCACUUAAUGUCCAUGUAAGUGGAGCUCUGCUCAUUUGGGAAUAUAUCAGGCAACAGAUCGUCAAGGAAAAAGAAUGAAGAUAAAUACAUGAAUCUUGUCAAAGCUGUUGCUCUGAUGGUGCUAAGAAAUUCAUGGAGUAGAGAUACUGCACAAAAGAAUAAGUUUUGUAUUUUGCAUGCCUUCAUUUUUUAAAAGAACUCAAAUGCCUUAAACCAUGACUGUAUUGAAAUAUUCAUUGAUGAUAAAUAUUCUUUCAGUAUAC